AAGAAGCUGUGUGUGCCCUUCACAACAGCAGACAUGGCUACUGCUACGAAACUCAUCCAGAGGCUGCGAAAUUUUUUAUCAGGGCGGGACCUGCAAAGCAAACUUCAGCUGCGAUAUGAGGAGAUUGUAAAGAGGACACAGCCACCGCCCAAGCUGCCCGUAGGCCCGAGCCACAAGUACGCUGACAACUACUACUACACCAGAGAUGGACGCAGAGAGUCAGUACCUGCCACAGUUGUUAUGUCUUCACAGAAGGCUCUCACUGCUGGCAGCCAAGUAGCUGAAGCCCCGAAACUUCCAGUUACCCCGGGUUCUGUAUAUAAAGAGCCACCACUCUCCACAGACCAGCCGUACCUCUGAGCAGCAGGACAAACCGUUUCAGCAUCAACAGCCUCAUUUCUCCAUCCAAAGCUGCUGUAGAGGCCUAACCACAGCACGUGUUGGUUAUAUCCUGUACAAUAGAAAAUGUUAAUAAAAUGUGUUAUAUGUUUAAA